UCUCUCUCUCUCUCUCUCUCUUCAGUGACUAAAGCGUACUGGUACCAGGCUGCUUGGUGCCGCCCAUUCAAAGCAGCAACACCAAAGAAAAUAAAGCAAAAGGUACCCAUGACUAUCAUCACCCCAAAAGAAAAGCCCUCGCUCUUGUGCUCGUCUCAGAAAGGAACUUGCUUUCUUGUGAGAGAAAAGCAGGUUUAAGCUCUCUCUGCUUUCCCAUUUCCCUUGUGGUGGAUCACCUUCUUCCCUUCCCACUAUUCUAGUUUCUGAGCUUUGGGGAGAGAGAGAGAGAUAGAGGGAGAGGGCUGAAAAUCGAAGCUCUGAGCUCCCUCGAGCUCUUGUAGAUCAAAGAGGGAGAAAGGGGGAAGAAAUUAAGACAUACCCCGUUGGUGUGAAGCUUGUUCGUGCGCGAUUUUUGGCUUCAUUUGAAUGGUCUUUUUUCCUUGACGUCUUUGUGUGAUGAUAAGUGAUUUGGGACAUGGAGAGGGUUUCAGAGCCAAAGACACUUCCUCGGACAUUGCCUGUUCUUGUUGAGGUAUCAAAUCCACACGCAACUACAGCAAGAAGAGAUGGUCAGUUGUCUAAUUCACACGAUAUUUCGAGCAUGCGAGGGAUUUCAGCAAGAGAAGUCCAUCAGUUGUCGAGAGCACAGGAUAGACCAAUCACACGGUUGGCAUCCAUCAGGGAAGUGGCUCAGCUAUCAAAUGCCAGGCUAGUUUUGAUUAGAGAUGAUGUAGGAUUUGAUGGUCCUGGCUCUCAUGAACCUGUUCACUUUGCACCUGCAAGAACAUGGAAAGGAAAGGCAUCUUUGCCGGAAACAGAACAAAUUAUAUCUGAUGUUGAGGCAUUAAAGGGAAGCUUUGAUUUAUUUGAGGAAGGAGGUCCGAGUUCAUUUGCUGGUGCUAGUCAUCCCCCUGAACCAGUUGAUACGGAUCUCAUGCGAACAGUUAUUAUACCAAUAGGUCAAAACAAAUCUGAGGCUGGAGGCUUAAUGAAGAGUUUUUCCAUGAAGGGUUCUGCCCUAGAAGAUCUCUCAAUUCGAAUUCCGGCUAAAAAACCAGGCCCAGCUGUUCUUUCCCCUGCAGAAAGUCUAGUUGAAGAACAAAGUGAUAUGGGGAACUUGCCCUCUCCUGUUUUGGGUCCUCGUACAUCUCAGAAUAUUGAUCACUGUCUCCUUCAUCCAGAUUCUGAGGAGAAAGAAUGUGUUUGGGAUGCAUCUUUACCUCCAAGUGGAAAUGUCAGUCCACUUAGCAGUAUUGAUAGUACUGGUGUUGUCACUGCAAUGAGCAUUGCUAAUAGUUGUGCAAGUACAUACCGGAGUGAUGCACUCACUAGUGAUGGCAUGCUUAGUUUAGAUAGGAACUUUGAUAGUACUAAGGGGAGUGUGCGGGGUGAUUCUCUAGAGAGUACAAAAACUAGUGCUAGUCAAGCAAGUGAUAGCAGCGGGUUCAGUGAUGACAGCAACUGGAGCAAUGUUACUGGUAGUGCCAAUAAGCCUCACAAAGGAAAUGAUCCUCGGUGGAAGGCUAUACUUGCCAUCCGGGCUCGGGAUGGAAUUUUGGGCAUGAGUCAUUUUAAGCUACUCAAGAGACUUGGUUGUGGUGAUAUUGGAAGUGUAUAUCUCUCAGAGUUGAGUGCAACUCGGUGUUAUUUUGCCAUGAAAGUUAUGGACAAGGCAUCCCUGGCAAGCAGAAAGAAGCUGACCAGGGCACAAACUGAAAGGGAGAUAUUGCAGCUGCUUGACCAUCCAUUUCUGCCAACUUUGUAUACCCAUUUUGAGACAGACAGAUUUUGCUGUCUGGUGAUGGAAUACUGUCCUGGAGGUGAUCUACACACCUUAAGGCAACGUCAACCUGGGAAACAUUUCUCAGAGUAUGCUGCUCGUUUUUAUGCUGCGGAGGUUCUGUUAGCGCUUGAAUAUCUCCACAUGCUUGGAGUAGUGUAUCGAGACCUUAAACCUGAAAAUGUGCUGGUCCGAGAUGAUGGUCACAUUAUGCUUUCAGACUUUGAUCUCUCCCUUAGAUGUGCUGUUUCGCCAACAUUGAUUAGAACGUCUGAUGGUGACCCUUCAAAACGAGGUGGUGCCUUCUGUGUCCAGCCAGCUUGUACUGAGCCUUCAUCAGUAUGCAUCCAGCCUGCAUGUUUCAUCCCUCGGCUCUUUCCUCAGAAAAACAAGAAAUCACAGAAGCCUAAAGCUGAUCCAGGGUUAUCAGCCAACACGCUUCCAGAGCUCGUGGCCGAGCCCACUUCAGCUCGGUCCAUGUCCUUUGUUGGAACCCAUGAAUACCUUGCUCCUGAAAUCAUCAAAGGAGAAGGUCAUGGCAGUGCAGUGGAUUGGUGGACAUUUGGAAUCUUUCUGCAUGAGCUCUUAUACGGUAAAACACCUUUCAAAGGAUCAGGGAAUCGCGCUACAUUGUUCAACGUUGUUGGCCAGCAGCUCAAAUUUCCUGAGUCACCGGCCACUAGCUAUGCUAGCCGGGAUCUGAUCCGAGGCUUGCUGGUGAAGGAACCACAGAACCGGCUCGGAGUAAAGAGAGGUGCAACUGAGAUCAAGCAGCAUCCCUUCUUUGAGGGUGUAAAUUGGGCCUUGAUCCGGUGCAGCACGCCCCCGGAAGUGCCUAGACCCAUCGAGAGCGAGAUUCCUGGGGCUGCAAGAUUUGGACCACCAGAUCCGGUUGGCAACAAUAGCAAGAGGAUGGUAGGUACUGACAUGAAGUCUGGGGGUAAAUAUCUAGAUUUUGAGUUCUUCUAGCAUGGAUUUUCGUGUCGGGUUUGAAUUGUGUAACCAAUAUCAUCAUCAUCAGCUAUAAUUUUACAUGAGCUGGCUGUGCAUUAGCAUGUUACUUCUUCAGUUGGGUAUGUCUCAGCAAAAUCUUUUCAAUUGGAAACAAGAAAAGAUGAUGGCUUAAGCUUAGAGUACUGUUGAUAUGGAUGAUUUUAUAAUCUAGUGUUCCAAUACAGAAUUUAGUUAUUCUCAUUGAAUCUAUUCAUUUUCAUUCCUUCGUC